CUAAGGAAGGGUGGUUGUGGUUCAGUCACAGAACAAUUGUCAAAAUUACAACAUUGACCCUGUCAACCUCGUUUUCUGAGAAACCCAAACAAAACCAAAAGAUAGAAACCUGGUUUGCGACGAAAUGCCAGUGAAACAGUUGUAACACGGUGGCGCUGCCACGGCAGUGUGAGAUCUUCCGGCGGAACUGACCGUUUUUCUCUGCCCCUUUUGCGUGAUGGGUUCCGGCCAGAUUGGCGGCGGCGGUAGUGGCGGCGGAGGCGGCGGUGGUUCUAGUGGUGGUGGUAGCAGUAGUUGCUGUGACAUGAGUCUCAAGUGUUGGUGUAGGUGGAGAUUGGAGGGCCAACAGUGUUAUAACCGGUUCUUCUCUUCUGGUUUCGUUUUCUUCUUCGGGUGUUUCGUUUUGUUUGGAUCGAUUGCUACCCUUUAUGGUUGGCUCGCUUUUUCUCCCACUGUGCACACUGCUUUGUCUCCUUUUGGUUGUCAAGUUGACAAUGAGGGUUCUUGGUCAAUUGGGAUUUUCUUUGGUGACUCUCCUUUCUCUCUAAAACCCAUAGAGUCUACGAAUGUAUCGAAUGAUGACAGCGCUGCUUGGCCGGUUGCGAACCCCGUGGUGACGUGUGCCUCGGUCUCUGAUGCUGGUUUUCCCAGUAAUUUUGUUGCUGACCCUUUUCUUUUCAUUCAGGGAGAUACUCUGUACCUGUUCUAUGAGACAAAGAAUUCAAUAACAAUGCAAGGUGAUAUCGGAGUUUCAAAAAGUACUGAUAAAGGAGCAACAUGGCAACAGCUAGGAAUUGCCUUGAAUGAGGAUUGGCAUCUUUCUUAUCCAUAUGUUUUUGAGCAUGAUGGCCAGAUAUAUAUGAUGCCUGAGGGAAGUAAAAGAGGAGAUCUUCGUCUCUACAGAGCAGUUAACUUCCCUUUGCAGUGGAGAUUGGAAAAGGUCAUAAUGAAAAAGCCCCUUGUUGAUUCCUUCCUUGUCAAUUAUGGUGGUAAGUAUUGGCUUUUUGGCUCAGAUCAUAGUGGUUUUGGCACGAAGAAGAAUGGGCAGCUUGAGAUUUGGUAUAGCAGUUCACCUCUUGGUCCUUGGAAACCUCACAAGAAAAAUCCCAUUUAUAACAUUGACCAGAGCUUGGGAGCUCGCAAUGGAGGCAGGCCAUUUGAAUAUGAAGGAAAUCUUUAUCGUAUGGGUCAGGACUGUGGGGAUACAUAUGGGAGACGGGUGCGUGUUUUCAAGAUAGAAACUCUUACUAUUGAAGACUACAAAGAAAUUGAAGUUCCAUCGGGGUUUGUUGAGCCAAACAAGGGGCGAAAUGCUUGGAAUGGUGCUAGGUACCAUCACUUGGAUGCGCAACGUCUGCCAUCUGGUGGCUGGGUUGCUGUUAUGGAUGGGGAUCGUGUUCCCUCCGGGGAUUCAACCCGGCGGUUCAUGGUUGGUUGUGCUUCUGUUACAGUUGCUGCUGCGCUCAUUUUGCUAUUGGGCGUGUUACUCGGAUUUGUAAAUUGUAUUGUUCCUCUCAAUUGGUUCAUUCAUAACUCUGGGAAGAAGAAUGUUGCUAUAUUGUCUUGGGAAAGAUCAAAUGUGUUCUCUUCAAAAAUAAGACGGUUUUGCAGCCGCUUGAACAGGGCCCCAAAUUUUCUCCGGGGCAAGAUAAAGCACAAUGCUUGUGCCAGGAGGUUUGUUCUUACUGUAAUAUUUGUAGUGGGGGUCGGAUUGAUGUGCGUAGGAUUUAAAAAUAUCUACGGGGGUAAUGGUUCAGAAGAACCUUAUCCAUUCAAAGGACAAUAUUCCCAGUUCACCUUAUUGACAAUGACCUACGAUGCUCGUCUCUGGAACUUGAAGAUGUAUGUGAAACACUACUCAAGGUGCUCUUCUGUAGGGGAGAUAGUUGUGGUGUGGAACAAGGGAGUCCCUCCAGAAUUGAGUGAUCUAGAUUCUGCAGUACCAGUGAGGAUCAGAGUAGAGGAGAAGAACUCUCUCAACAAUCGCUUCAAGGCUGACCCGUUGAUAAAGACACGCGCUGUCCUCGAGCUUGAUGAUGAUAUUAUGAUGACAUGUGACGAUGUUGAGCGAGGUUUUAACGUGUGGCGUCAGCAUCCGGACCGUAUCGUUGGAUUCUAUCCUCGGCUUAUCAGUGGGAGCCCACUGAAAUACAGGGGAGAAAAAUAUGCCAGAAGCCAUAAAGGGUACAACAUGAUUCUCACCGGCGCAGCGUUUAUUGAUUCCCAAGUAGCUUUCAAGAGGUACUGGGGUGAGGAGGCCAGGCAAGGGAGGGAAAUGGUGGACAAGUUUUUUAACUGUGAGGAUGUGCUUUUGAAUUAUCUGUAUGCAAAUGCGAGCUCAUCGUCGAGGACGGUUGAAUAUGUGAAACCGGCUUGGGCCAUUGACACUUCAAAGCUUUCUGGCGCGGCUAUUAGCCGGAACACGAAGGUGCAUUAUGGAUUGAGAAGCCAUUGCCUUAUGAAAUUCUCAGAGAUGUAUGGAAGCUUAGAUGGUCGGAAAUGGGGAUUUGACAGUAGGAAAGAUGGUUGGGAUGUAUAGUAGGGAGUUUUUUUAUAGGUAGGUUUUGUCAACCUUUUUUUUGUAUUUUUACAUCUUGGUGGGUAUAAAGUCUGGUCUAUACUUGUACCCCACUCACUGUGAAUCUUAUUUUAGGUGGUUUUGCUAUAGAAUGUCUGCAACAUGUAAAUUGGGUUUAAAAUGGCCUUUUCAUGUUAUAUUUUUUUAAUUUGUGCCUCCAACCCCCUGGGGGUGAUCUGUGAUGAUGGAAGGUGGGAAUAUAGGGAAAAAGAAAGCCGAGACAAAUGGAAAACUGGAUAGAAGAGUGUUUCUUUUUAAGACAUUCCUUAGAAACUGUAAUUCUGAUGCUGGUGUUGAUUCUAAUUUUGAUUGCUUUUUAACUAUCUGCUACUUUUAAGGGUGGCUUUCUUUUAA